UAAAUCAAUUUAAGAGAAUUAAGUUAAGUAAUACAAAUAUUAAUAAAUCCUAAUAAAAAUACUGACUCUAAUUAUGUAGUUUUAGUACAGUUGUUAUAUUGCUGUCUCUUCCAUUAGACCAUUUGUGUUUGUCACAUUGGUCAUGUUUUAAAAUAUGAUAAGUCAUACAAGAUGGAACAGUAACAUAGUGUUUGGGGACAUUGAUCAAUUUCAUCAACUCUUUCUAUUAGCAGGCUAAGGCAGCUGAAACUGUGUCAGAAAAUAGGAAAAACUAGAUCUUAAAUGUUUGUGAAUUGAGAUUGAAAUGAAAGAAAUAGUUUGGAGUUACGAUGAACUUGUGAAGAUUCUUCAGGUGAUAGCAUCAAGGCAAUUAGUGGAACUUUUACUGUUGUAGAUCUCUUUCUGUUGCAAGAUAAUCAAAGAAAGUUUUUUGGUUUCUAUACUUUCAUAUUGGGCUUCCACUUACAUAUGGGACUUCAUCAGCUUCUUAUUUCCUUUCUCUUUUGCAAUUGGUCUUUUUAGUAUAUUUGGUCUGGAUCAGUUUAUCGGAAGGGAUUGUUUCUUGCCAACAGUCAUCAUGUUUUUGGGAUAUGGUUUAGCUGUUGCAUCGUCAACAUAUUGCCUUUCUUUCUUCUUUUCAGACCAUACUAUGGCUCAGAAUGUAGUUCUCUUGAUCAACUUUUUCUCUGGACUCAUUCUUAUGGUCAUAUCUUUCAUUAUGGGGCUUAUUAAGUCAACUGUUAGUGCAAAUUCUUUUCUCAAGAAUUUCUUCCGACUAUCUCCAGGGUUUUGCUAUGCUGAUGGGCUUGCAUCACUAGCUCUUCUGCGUCAAGGGAUGAAAGAUAAAUCUAGUGAUGCAGCUUUUGAUUGGAAUGUAACUGGUGCCUCUAUAUGCUAUCUUGGUGUUGAGCAUUUGUUACUUCCUGUUGACACUUGGGCUUGAACUCUUGCCUUCCUACAAGGAAUGGUGGAGUAUAAAAAGUUUCCGACGUGAUGGUUAUCCUCAUUUAGAACCACUUUUGGGAUCCUCUGCAGAAAAGGUUGCUCUUGACUUCGAUGAAGACACAGAUGUGGCAAUGGAAAGAAACAGAGUACUUUCAGGUUCCGUUGAGAAUGCUAUCAUUAACUUGCGUAAUCUUUCACAGAUCAUGCCUAUAGAUGCUCAAAGAAUGCUUUAAGAGUUUGAGGGGUGUGUGCUUUUAGCUUUUGAGUUGGAGCUAGAUCAUUUUUUUUAUGUUUGUUUGCCUAAUUUAGUGUUAGUUUUUUUUUUGUUCAGUUAGUUUGGUUUGUAUUGGGGUAACUUUUUUCUGUUUUCCAUGUUGGCAACUCUGAUUCAUGGAGUUUGUUGUUGUAGUUCAUAGACAAUACAAUUCAAGCAAGGACUAUGUAAUUGAAUUUUUUAUGAUUGCUAUUGUAAUUUUUAUGUAA